AUGAGACGUCACACAGAGUUAAUCAGGUCUCUAAAAUCCCCUCUUCCGUCUGCAUCUUUGCAUCAGUCGAGGCCGAUUCCAUCGAAAUUUUCUCUAUUUCUCGAAAGUGGGAUUAUGGCGGGGGGAGGAAACUUCAUCGCCAGAGUUAUCUCAUACUUUGCCAACGAGGUCAUAGUUAAUGGUUUGGCGAACAGCCAUGCCUUCCAGAGAUUUGCUGUGAGGACUUCCAAGAGAAUCGAAAACAUCUCUAAACUAGCUGAAGAGAGCAAGCAGAAAGUCGCUCAGCAUAUGGAAGAACUUUCCAAGAACUCUGACUCCUUCAAGAAACCGUGA